AGAGCAGACCGAUGACCUCGUACCUCGUGAGUCAAUAUGAACGCGAAAUUAGCGAUUGGUGUAAUGUAAUGAAAUUUACUAUUACUAUUACUCUACGUCUGCUUGAAUACUCGAAAUGUUUACUUAGAUUAAAACAGUGUAUAUACCUACCUAUGUUUAGUAGACAGUUUUGGAAUAAUACCUGAACAGAAAAACAGUGUACUUACUAUUAUUUAGUGCAGAUGAUAGAUGAUUUAGUGCAAUAGUUACAAUAUAAUUAAAAGAUAAUAAUUUAGAUUUGACAACACAUGACAUAUCAUAAAUCUUCCAAAUAUGGCAGUAGUACUAGCUCUUUUUGUUGGUGCUAUAGUAGCUGCGAUUUCAUAUUGGUGGAUGGGUAUAUACCGAAUCAGAUCUAAACUACACUGGAUACCAGAGAUACCUCGACUACCUUUAAUUGGUAAUGCCUUGGAAUUAAAAAAAACAACAGAAAUUCUUGGCAAAUUUGAAGAUUACUUAAGUAAACAUAAUGGACUGUGUACCAUAGAAUUGGCCACUUAUAAGUUUAUAGUUACAUCGGAUCCCACAUUUUUGGAAUUCCUAUUGGGCAAAACAGAUAUUUUGAAUAAAAGUGACGAAUACCAGUUUUUGGGUAAUUGGUUAGGUAAAGGACUUUUAACAGCUGCAGCUCCAAAAUGGAAAAGAAGUAGAAAAAUGCUGACUCCUUCGUUUCAUUUUUCAAUUCUUGAUGUCUUUGUCGAUACGUUUGAUUCCAAUGCUGCAAUUUUAGUGGAUCUAUUGGAUAAAGAAACUAACAAAGAUAGUUUUGAUAUAUUUCCGUAUGUUAAAAACUGUACGAUGGACGUUAUCUGUGAAACGUCAAUGGGAGUAUCAAUACAUGCCCAAAAAAAUCCAAAAUCGGACUAUGUUCGAGCAGUAGCAGAGUUAUGCCGAUUGCUGAUACUCAGAACGUACUCACCUUUAAAAACCUUCGAUUUUUUUUAUCGCCUUACUUCUGACUAUAAAUUAGAAAUGGAACAGGUUAAAAUACUUCAUUCUCACACCAUGCAAGUAAUCACUUCAAGAAAAGAGGAAUUAAAGAAAAAACAUAAAGACGAUCAAAAAGAAGAAACCGAUGAUGUUGGGAUUAAGAAGAGGAAAGCAUUUUUAGAUUUACUGUUAGAAACAACUAUUGAUGGAAGACCACUUACCGAUACAGAAAUUCGGGAAGAAGUUGAUACAUUUUUAUUUGCUGGACAUGACACUACCGCAGCUGCUAUAAGUUUCUGUUUAUAUUGUUUGUCAGUUAACAAGGAUGUACAGGACAAGAUUGCUCAAGAACAAAAGCAAAUUUUUGGAGAAAAUAAAAACAGAAAUGUGACAAUCCGCGAUAUUCAAGAAAUGAAGUAUCUAGAACUGGCUCUUAAGGAGUCUCUAAGGAUGUAUCCUCCAGUUCCUUAUGUUGGUCGAAAAGCCGACAGAGAUGUAGUAUAUACCGAUGGAAACAUUAUUCCGAAAGGUACGGCUUUAAUAAUUGUUAUAUAUUGGGCAAAUAGGAAUCCGAAGUAUUUCCCAGAUCCCGAUAUAUACAACCCCAGCAGAUUUGAAAAUACCACAGAUACACAUCCGUAUACAUAUAUUCCAUUUAGUGCUGGACCUAGAAAUUGUAUAGGUCAAAAGUAUGCAUGGAAUUUAAUGAAAACAAUCAUUUCUAAAGUUUUGAGAAAUUAUGAACUGGAACCAUCUGGACACAAACUUCAAAUAGCUGCGGAGACUGUUCUUAAAUCAGAGAACGGAGUGAAAGUAAAACUGAGGAAAAGAGAUUGGGAUCAAAUUUAAUAGGGAUUUAUUCUCUAUAUUUGUGAUGUUUAUUUGUAUUUUUGUAAUUUUUAAGCAUAAUUUUAGUUGUAAGUUUAAAUUUGGUAAAAUGUAAAAAAUGUUGUGUUUAAUAAUUGUUUGUAUCGGUUUUUUACAAUAAAUUGUUCGACGUAA